CCCUUUCACCUGCCAGGAUGACUCAGACAAACCCCCUGCCCGGGCCUCUGGGGCCAUGGAAGGUCACCAUCUACGACCAAGAGAACUUCCAGGGCAAAAGGAUGGAGUUCACGGCCUCCUGUCCCAACGUGACCGAGUGCGGCUUUGACAACAUCAGGUCCCUGAAGGUGGAAUGUGGAGCCUGGAUUGGUUUUGAACACACAAGCUUCUGCGGGCAGCAGUUUGUCCUGGAGAGAGGGGAUUACCCAUGCUGGGAAGCUUGGAGCGGGAGCAACGCUUACCACAUCGAACGCCUGACCUCCUUCCGUCCCAUCUGCUCUGCCAACCAUAAGGAGUCCAAGAUCACCAUCUUCGAGAAACAGAACUUCAUUGGACGGCAGUGGGAGCUGUGUGAUGACUACCCCUCACUGCAGGCCAUGGGCUGGCCUAACAAUGAAGUGGGCUCCAUGAAGAUCCAGUGUGGCGCUUGGGUUUGUUACCAGUAUCCCGGGUAUCGUGGCUACCAAUAUAUCUUGGAGUGUGACCAUCACGGAGGCGACUACAAACACUGGAGAGAGUGGGGUUCUCACGCCCAGACUUUCCAGAUUCAGUCCAUGCGUCGGAUUCAACAGUAGAACUCCACUGCAACCCAUCUGGCGGCUGUCAGACGCAGGAUGGUGCUGAUGACGGGACUUAAGAUAAGAAAUACAUUAUGAUAGUUUGGUGUUGAGGCUGUUCAUGGACCAGAAAUUUUUCA